UCCCAAUAGCAGUUUCGACAAAGUCUUCGCGCUGAACGGUUCGUACCUUCCAUCGAUCGUUCGUUCGUUCCGUCUUGAACUCUGUUUUGUAGUGUUGUGGAUUUCCUGCUACGGUAUGCGGUCGCCAGUCAUAGAUUUCUAAACGAUUUGUGUGGUGCGAAAAAAGUCUUCGAAAAUUCGAAAAUUCCGCUGAAUUCAGAAAACAAAUACGAAAAUAUACAAAAAACGAAGUUGUUGUUGUUUUAUUUUUCUGUAUGUAAAUACAAAAAAUAUAAGCGCUUAAAAGAAGAUACGAAAACGCUUAGAUAAAGGAAGAAACGAGUUGUGAGCGUACGCAAAAGGAAAUAAAAAAAUUUAAAUAUUUUGUAAUUUUCUUGUUAUUGUUGCUGUCUUUAUUGUGGGCCCGCGAUUUUGUUGAUUUAAGUUUCUUUUGCUUUCGUUAUUUGUUUUUUGUUUCGUACGCUUUGUUUAAGCAAACAUUUUUUCGGCUUCAAGCUUCUGCAUAUGUGAGUUUCCGUGCGUUGCGGCGUCUACAAAUUGCGGUCAAAGUUGAUAUUUCGCCAUUUCGCAACAACGAUAACGCGAUACCUUCAACAAGAACUUACAUAUGUAAUUUACAACAACAUAUUGUAAGAUAUUGUAUUAGAAACGUGUAAAAAGAAUCGGCAGCAACGAUCUUCUUGGAUCCGGCGUUUGAAGUUCUCAGGCAAAGGCAGCAUAAAAGAACGCAGUAGAAAAACCAUCCUCGCCCUUGUUGUUGCAUUCCCCAACAAAAUCGCAAUAUUAUAUAGCUGCUUUCAAUUGUUGUUAUAAAAAGCCGCCAAAAUUGGUCGCCUAACGAAAACUUCGUUUGUGCUCAACGACUACAAGGACGACGACAUGGGUUUCAGUUCGCGCAUGGAUUGCUGCGGGCAAUUCGUCAAGUACAGCCUUUUCAUAUCGAAUUUGAUAAUAUUUAUCGGUGGCGCAACGGUUUUUACGCUCACCUUAUGGACACUCGUGGAUCGCAGUUUUAUGAAUGAGUUGUUGGGCACGAAUCUCUUCUCCGGCGCCGUUUAUGUCUUAUUGGUUACGUCUGUGGCGAUUUGUUUGCUCUCGUUUUUGGGUUGCGUGGGUGCGGGUAAAGAGGUCAAAUGUCUGCUAUUGACGUAUUUCAUAAUUGUGGCGCUGGUGUUUGUUACGAUGUUAAUCGGUGGCAUACUGGGCUAUGUCUUUAGGGAACGUGUACAGCAAACGAUGCGACAGGAAAUGCGCGCCACCAUGGCACUCUACGGAAGCCGUCGUGAUGUCACAUUGGCGUGGGAUCAAACCCAAGAACGUCUGCAGUGCUGUGGUGUGGACACCUGGCACGAUUGGAAUCGCUAUGGUCCCAUACCGGAGUCGUGCUGUCAAGAAUUGUUUGGCGGACAACGCAAAGACUGCAGCAUCUUCCCAACCAUAACAAAUCUCUAUAGUCAAGGCUGUCUGUAUGUGACGACGAAUUUCAUACGCGAUCAUGCGGCGCUAAUUGGUGGCACAGCCAUAGCGGUGGCCAUAUUAAUGAUAUUUGGUAUGAUAUUCUCAUGUCUGCUAUUUAAUAUGAUAGAAUAGCAAGGUGUAAUUUCGAAAAUUACGAAAAGUAGUGGAGGAAGUUGCAGAAUUAUUAGCAGAGCAAGCAAUUACAACUGAUUAGCAAUAUAAAAGCGCUUACACAUAUACACUAACACUCAUACAUAUUCAUAUAAAUAUGUCAAAAGAAACACAGAUAUAAACACAAAACAUAGAAACACACAUUAAAAACACGAAGUCAACAAACUAUAGCUGUCAAUUAAUAAACGAAAAACCGCAAAAAUUAUACUCAGUUACACUUAGAACCAAUUUUAUGGCUUUAACGCCUAAAAGUAUGCCACUAAUUUACGACAAACCGCUAGAAACCCAUGUUAUAUACGAAAAUUUCUACAUCGUCCACAUAUUAUCGCACAGUCCCAUUAAUUGUGAAAUUAUUUUAAGCAUUUUGAUUUUAAAUUUAAGUUUGUCCACAAAAAUUUGUUGCGUUACUAAUCGCUGCUGUAUCAAAAAAGUAUUAUUUUCGAAUUUGUAAGUGCAAAUCAAAUACAUAUAUGUAUACUUGUAUAAUAUCUGUCAUUGUUGUAAGACAUUGCAUUAAUUUUUAAAAUAUUCUAUGUAUAAAUAUACGCUCACCUUAAAGCAGCAUAAUAUAUGUACUUGUGCAGCUGGCGGCCUAAAGGUAUGCUACGCAAGCGGUGUGCUCACAAAAGUGUGCUUUGUUAUAAUUAAUGAAAAAAGAAAAUACUUUUAGAACGUUAAUUUUUCACGGCAGCCAGCUGCGCUUUACAAACUUCAUAUGUCUUUAGUUAUAUAUUUUUAGUUUUACUUAGUUUCAUUAUAAAAUAUUUUCGUUGAAAUUUUAAUGUGGUCCAAAAGGAGAAAGAAAAGCAAAAUUACUAGUUAAUAUUAGCACACUAAUAACAACAAACAAUGAAAAUGCAAUUCAUUCCGUUACAUUUAAUUUAAUAUUUAGCAUUUAAGUCUAUAUAAAAAAAAAAUACCUGAAUACCGUACUUAAGCAAUACUGUAUUAUAAGUGCUAGUAGAAAGCAAUUCAUUAUUUUUGCUUUAAAUUUAAAGUUUUAUUGCGAAAUAUUCGAUUUCUUUUUACCAGCGCUUAUAUUAUUCACAUUAUAUUAUAUAAGACUUUAAAUAUCAAAUAUUUUUUGUCGCGUUGCACAUAUCGUCCGUUAUUAUAACAUCUAUAUCAUACAAUAAUUAUAAAAAUCUACAACAUUUCUGUUCUGUAAUUAAAUCAUAUAACUGUUUUCUGCAUUGUAUAUAUAUGUAUUUAACUGUAAAUUAUAAUUACGUUAUAAAUAUGUGCAGCAAUAUCGAAGUUCGUUGGUAUAAAUACAAGUCAAAUAUAUUAUUGUUAAAUUACAUAACUACAA